GUCAUAUGCGGUGAAAUUUUGCCGCCUGGUUUUCCGGUACGAUUAGGUUAUCAUCUGUUAUCGUGGAUUGUGUAGUUUGAUUAAUUUUAUGCAUCGGUGUACCUCGAUGCUUCAAGAUAUCACUUUUAUUUGCAAUCAGCAGCUACAGGUAAAAUGCCAAGACCAAGGCUGUUUACACGUUCUGUUCUAACCAGACGUCCAAUCAACAUGACAUUAAAUUUAGAGUGUACAGAGGAGCCUCUGAGUGAAGCACAAUUGAUAUCAAGGACAAAACUCAAAGAGGAUUAUGAUAGGGUUACAGCUAUAUUAGAAGAACUAGUUAAAGAUCAUGGUGGUAAAUUGGUAUGUCAAGCAGGUGUUGUCAGUGGCUAUCAGUAUACAUUACCUACAAAUCCAACAGCAACAUCAACGGUAAUUCAGAAUAAUCCUCAGAUUUUAAACGUUACCCAGCAAAACAAAAAUUCAACUCCAAUUAAAUUAAAUAUUGGUAAUGCAACUGGAUCUCAAGGGAACAUUCAACUAGUAGUUGAUCCACGUAUGGGAGUCAUUGUGGGACCUGUUACACAAACCCAAGGAACAACUACUACAACUACAUCUGUGGUUUCAACCGCUGCACAGUCUCAACAAGAAAAUUACAAGUAUACCAGAUCUGGACGGAGGACAAAAGUUCUUCAACCACAACAACCUGAUAUUAUAGAGGAGCCUGCAUCCACAGUUACUCGUUUGAGACCAAAGACUGGACCAGCAACGCAUGUUGUUGCAUCAACUGCUACUAUUCCACAAGGUACGACAAAUCUUAGGAUAAAAACUGUUAAUAAGCAUCAAUCAGUAAGUCAACCAACUGUCAAACCUACUGAGCACACUAGUAUAGGAGGAAUAUCUGUUGGCUAUAAUACAGUCAGUGAACAGAUUGAUGAAGCCAAGAAGAACCAGCCUGAUGGCAGAGAAUUUACGUUUAACAAAACUACCGGCGGUCGAACUUUUCCAUCCCUAGUAGUAGUAGCAAGACCAAAUUUACGUAGCAAAGAUAUCGGAUCGCAAAUUGCACAAAAAGAAAGACAAGCAUUAGAUGCUAAAGUUAAAAGUGUGCUCAUGUUUUCUGCUACGAAAUUCGCCGAAUGGUUAAUACAGCAAGGUUUAGUAAGAUCGGAACAAUAUUGUUUGCAACAUAGCUCAAAUUAUCAAAAGACUAAACUCAAGUUAGGAAUGUACAGCGAUCAAGGAACAUUCCCUUAUUCCGGCGGUUAUGUUUGGAUAUCUAGUUGUUGUCCUGACAGAUUUGUUUCUGUUUUUUCUGGUUCUCUCUUUCAAGGGGCUCCUUACACACCUACAGUUCUGUUAAAGUUGAUUUAUCAUUGGGCAUGUCAGACUAAUGUGCAAAAUGUAGUCUCCUGGGUGAAAGUAUCUAAUAUAUAUUUGAAAAACUUUUAUACGAAUCUACGUAGCAUUUGUACAGCAGCAGUAUGGGACAAGAGUCGUAAAAUGGGCGGUAAAAAUUCAGUGAUACAGAUUGGUGUAAUUAGUCUGGGUACCACAUCGCAAGAUGGACAUUUGCGACAGGUUAAAGUCGAGGUUCUUGGUGUUCUGGAUCCAUCUACAUUGGACAUACGAUUGCGCGCUUGCGAACCAAUGCAGAACGGAGAUAGGUCAUUCAAAAGACGAUUUAAUAAUAUUUUACACCCGUUGAAAGAAUGGGUUCAUACAGAUUCAAAAAUAAUGACUGACUUUACUGUUGACAAAAGUACCCUGCAUGAUAUGGGCUACAAUCAUGUCAUGCAAUCUGCGUUUGCAGAACAGACAUCUAGAAACUUCAUGAGUAAUUACCAUAUUAUGGAAUAUCUUAGAAAAAUUGUGCCGAGAAUGUUUCAAAAUACGUUGAGUUUGCUUAGUAGACAAAUGAUACAACAGUUCUUAGAUGAGUUAAUAUGGAGAGAGAUGUAUGGAGGUACAUCGGAACGUGCGUUUGACAAUAUUAUUCGACACAUUGCGGAACAAACCAAACUCGAUUCCAGUGACAAUCUGUUAGAUCGCUUAGCAAAAAUCGCUGCUAAUCCAUUUAAUAAUUGGUCUUAUUCAAGCAGUCAAUCAAUAAUUGAUACAGGAAUACCAGUAAUAUCCACAAAAGAUUCAAUUCCGAUAACUGAUGUAGCAUCGUCUCAGAACAUUAAAAUCCCUGAUACGAUUCCAAUAAAACCUAGUCUGAAACGGGGAAGAAAACGGAUUCAUCCUGUAACAAGUUCGGAAUACGAACUACAAAGAACUGCGAUCGAUUUCAAGAAUAAUAAAGAAAAAGAUGAUAAAGACGAAAAGGAAUCGAAAGAUCAAAUUCAGUUCCAAGAAUUGUAUUAUGCUACAAUGGAAGGUGAUAAGAACCUGAUCUUAAAGGAACGCAAAUCUCCAUUAUAUUUCAAGUGUUUCCUCUGCACGACGGUGAUGAGAUCUAAUACCGAAGUGAUGGAGCAUAUGGUUAGUCAUGUACCCCCGCAAGUACCCGGUCAAUCGGAAUUGUCGGUAUGCCGGUACUGUUGCACCGCGCUUUCAUCGCAGCAUCAAAUGCUUACGCAUGUGACAGAAACACACAGCAAUUUUGGUCAUUCUGACGGUCUUAUGGUAGUUUGCGCUAUUUGUGAAGAGAAAUUCGGAAAAAGCAAAUCGUUAAUCGAGCACCUGUCAUUAAUGCAUUGUCCUUCGGAGAUGCCAUAUCGUUGCGAAAGUUGCGGUUAUCGCACGUCCAGUCAUAAGGAUGUCAUAGAUCAUUAUUAUAAAGUCCAUGAUAAAGGCGAAGGAUUACAAUGCCCUUACUGCCUCAAGGUAAUACAAUUUGUGAACGAGGGUAAUCCGAGCGCGUCCAAUGUUCACGUUUACUUGUCGCACAUGCAAAGGCACAUUGUAAGAAGGGAUCAAGGAAAAGGCAAUAAGUGUUCAAAAUGUUGUCUUUGGUUCAAUCAAAAAAGUUCGUUGACGAUACAUCAGCGAGAAUUACAUGACUAUGUCUUUAAUUCAAAAGCGAUACCAUAUUCUGUUAGUAAAAGUGGAAUAAUGGUCCCAAAAGAACGACCAGAAAUGAUACGAUUUACUGUAGAUAGUCCACCGCCCGAGUUACCACCGGACGAAAAAAUACAAAAAUGGAGUACUGGUCCAAUAACAGUGAACACUUCCACCAGAUAUUUAGCAUGCCAAGAAUGCGAAGAAGAUAUUGAUGAAGAAGAGCAUUAUCCAGGCGAACAGCGAUGUCAACAGUGCCGUUAUGUCACAUGUUGUUGGCGCGCAUUCCAAGAACAUCAACAACAAAUCCAUAAUGAAAGGCCGAAGACCAGUUUGAUCGUGCCAUCUCCUUUAAUUAACAUCCCGCUAGAAAAGAAACUACAGUGUCCGUGCGGUUACACAUCGACUGACGGCAAUCAAUUAGCAAGACACUUGACAAAAUGUAAAAAGGUAUUAGCACGUUCUAUUGAAGAAUCGGCACCAUCUGGUAUGCUCGACAGUUUAGGAUUAGUUCCGAGAACCUCUUCUGAGGAAGCUGAAGCAUAUGAGAAAUCCAAUUCAUGCAAUUAAAUGACAUAAAAACAAAAAUGUAAUUGCUAUCAAUAUGAAUGAAAUAAUUGCUGUAUUAGGAUGAUUGAGGUAUAUAAACAGAUAUGAAACUCUUCUGUGAAAAAAAAUAUGUAAAACAUGACUUUAUCUAGUUGAUAACAAGAAUCUGCUAUAUUGAAUCUUUUUUUUCGAUUCUAUAGCAUCUAAAAAAAUUGGAAUAAAACUUUUAUAAAUUGUGUUAUAGAAUCAAAAAAGAAUAUUCAAAAUUAUUCUAUUAAUCCAGACUUAUUUUGUCAUAUCAUUGUUGUACAAUAUUAUACAUUGACAUUUAAAUUUACGUAUGUUUUUUUUUAUUUGAGCAGUUAAUCAACGAAAAAUAAUAAACGCAAAAAACAUAAUAAUAUAGUUUAAUGCUGAGUCUUCGCUUAUGUUUUAAAAUACAUAAGCUAAAUAUGUACUUGUUAUAUAUUGAUAUAAUUAGAAAAGACAUACAAUAAUUAUUGUAUGUUGUUUUGUAUAUUGAUACUAAUAGAGAAUUGUGUAUGUCAAAUUUAAAAAUACAUUUUACGCACAUAGGAAUUAUAUAUAAAGCAAAGGCAAGUAUACUUUAUAAAUUACAGAUACUUCCUCAUUUACUGAUAUUUCCUCAUUAUAAAAAUUUAGUUUAUGUAGUAAUAUAAUAUAUAAAGUGUAUUUAGUUACAUAUCAUAAUUAAACGAUUUAAUUACGUUAUAUUUAUUUUACUUACGUAAUCAAUAGUAUAUUUUAAUUACACAUUUUGCACAUAAAGAUUAUUGCAUUAAACAAAAGCACUUGCACAGUACAGAAGCCAAUAAACUGUUUCAAGUAAACAUAUUUGAUGAACAAGAAGUAACAAUACAGAGUUUUAUUAAAUGUUUAUUUAGUAAUUACGUCUUCAUGUAUGAAUAAGAAACGCAUACAUAUUUACUUCUCAUGUGUGUGUGUAUGUCAGAGAUACGAAUAUAUAAUACUAACUGACGAGAUAAAACGCACGGAAUUGUUUAUCAAUUUAAAAACUUGAGGCAAAAUUUUCGAUAAUUAUUUGCGUGAAGUUAACAUACAAUAUAGUCCGUCAUUCUGUACUUAUCUUUACCUAUAUUCCUAAUAAGCUAUUAACACUUUUUUUUAUUCUUUUUGUGAUAUUUUUCAUUUUUUUUAUAUUUUUAUAUUUUUUUAUGUUGUCCAUUAUCAAGUCAACACUAAAGAACGCAUUUAUUAGCAAAA